AUAGCUACUUGGGAACUAGGUCAGAUAAGGCAAUAAUAAGCGGGACAAAAUCUACUUUAUAUUUAUUAUUCAGUUGACACGACGACGAUUCAACUUACACAGUCUAUUUUGAAAAUCUAUCAAUAUGAAAUCUCAUUUCAUAUAUUUCAUUAUUUUUGGAAUUAUCGCCGCUACUGGAAGAUGUGACGACGAUGAUCCUAUGAUUGAUGUCGACAAUAGCUCAGAUGUGGAUUCAUUGGAUGAAUUUAUAGGUAACAUUGAAAUAAGUGCAGAUGAUGCAAUAAACGAAAUCGAUAAAACGGCAACUGGUACUACAACCACAGCAAAACCUACUACUGUUGAUACACCAAUCAAUCCUACUACGUCAAAACCUUCAGGAGGUCAUGGAUGGAGACCAAUUUUUUCUAUACCAGUAUUUCCAUUCGAUCCUGAUACUCAUUCAACUGAAGAACCGAAAAUUCCAGAAGGUAUCACAUUAACUCCUGAAAUUAUACCUGCUCCUGAAAGGAAGCCUGUUCCUGAAAUUAUACCUGUUUCUGAGAGAAAGCCUGUUCCUGAAAUUAUACCUGCUCCUGAAAGGAAGCCUGUUCCUGAAAUUAUACCUGCUCCUGAAAGGAAGCCUGUUCCUGAAAUUAUACCUGCUCCUGAAAGGAAGCCUAUUCCUGAAAUUAUACCUGUUUCUGAGAGAAAGCCUGUUCCUGAAAUUAUACUUGCUCCUGAAAGGAAGCCUAUUCCUGAAAUUAUACCUGCUCCUGAAAAGAAACCAUCUCCAAUACCAGUAGUUCCAUUUGGUCCUAAUUAUGGGCCAACGGUUCGCAAAGGAACUACUCGGCCAGCUCCAGAAUAUAGACCAACUACUCCUCAAUCAUCAAUUCCAACUUCAUUCACUUAUUAUCCACCGUUCAGCAGUAAAAUGAAGUCCAUAAUUCAAAGAAUAAAUCAGCAGCGUCCAGUACUUUUCAACGUUUCAGCAUUUCAACAAAAAUAAUUUGAAAAAUCAAUUAUUCACACCAGUAAAAUUUUAUAUUAACGAAUCAUAAGCAGUGUAAAGAAAUAUUGAAGCAAUUAAUAAAUUAACCUGCCCAAAAACAA